AAAGUUUUCUUUGUAUUCUAUUUGCAGGUGAGCUUGAAACAUUUUUGACGAGAACAGACUAGGAUAAAUCUUCGUUGUUGAAAGAGACCAUUUAAUGCACUGGCGUGUCCAACGAAAAUGUCAUCGAGGAAAGCUUGAAAGUCCCGAUUGAGAGGAACACAGAUACGUUCGUAUUUCCAGAAGUAGGCAUUUAAAUCGAUCGCAUAGUUUUAAAUGAUGAGGAAUAUUUAUCGUCAGAUAUUAAUUGAGCGUAAACUUAACGAUCGCCAGUAUCUCCAGUAUACAAGAAAUAUACGUGAUGCUGUUGCUUCCAAACUACUUGCAGCUGUGCAUCAAGCUGCGGCAUGCUGCUGAAGAUUGUCCCGAAUGUACCGAUGCCUGUAUAAUGUUAGAAGAAUUCUGUAUAUUUGCCGCAGAACUGGCACGUCUGUGCGAGCGAGGAACAGCAGCUGUUCCUAUGAACGCCUCUUGCUCAUUACACGGUGAUGGAAAAGGCAUUAAUCACAAAACUGGCUCAAAAAGGAUGGCAUAUGAGGUAUUUUUGGGCGGGUCUUGUAAUCCAACUACCUGGAGGUCAGACAUAGCAAUACCGACUCUUCAGAACCUUGGUAUUACUUAUUAUAAUCCCCAAGUGUCGCAAUGGGGUCCGGAAUUAAUAGCUCAAGAAUAUGAGGCAAAGCAGACGGCGCGAGUCCUGCUGUUUGUCAUUGACAAUCAGACACGCAAUAGUGCGGGCAUCAUUGAAGCAGCUCAACUAGCAGCUACACGUAGAGAAUCCUUGGUUCUUGUCAUUUAUCCAUAUCGUCAAGGACAGACGAUACUUGGAGAGGCUGUUUCCACGCAAGAAUAUUAUGAUUUGAUGAACGGAUUGUUAGUGCUUCAGUACCUAAUGGAAAGGCAAAGGAUACCAAUAUUCGAGAGCGUAUCAGUUGCCCUUCACUGUACAUCCAAGAUGUUACGCGAAAAGAUCAACGUGCAGGAUUGCAUGAGCACUGAGGAUGGCAUCAGACCUAUAAGAAUCUCGCUUACUCAAAAUGGAACGGAUGCAGUAAAAUUGCGGGAAAUUUUCAAAUCUAUGGACGUUAAUGAUAGUGGCACAGUAAAGUUAGGGGAAGCCUGGAUGAUGUUGCAGUCGAGUGCGAUGUGCAACAAUGUGUCUCUUGCGGAUCUGCUCAACAUGGUGAAUAAGUCUGAAAUCUAUAGGACAUUGAUAGACGGAUUUCCGGCGAAAGGUGACCCAACCGAAUUGCGAAUCAAUUUCGAGCAGUUUUGCAUUCUAGCCAGCGAGUCGUUACGGAUGCGGACGAAGAAUAAUGGCGUCUCUUGUGAAAAUUGGACCAAUUCCUUUGUACAAGAGUUCGAGAAGAGGGACAUUUAUAUCGGUGUAGUCAGUAAAGAUCUGUUCUGGUUAGAAUCUUCAGCAGCACCGUUGAUAGAGUCGAUGAGAUUGUCUCUGUACCGACCAAACCUGAAUGAGUACAACGUAAGAAUAUUGCCACAAGAAUUGCUGAAGAUAAAGAAUUCACGACUGAUCCUGUUGAUAGUACCACAGCAUUCGCGGGGCAUCGCCAUUAUGGCAUUGGCAGCUCACUUGAUUGGAUUGCGCGCUAAGCUCGUCCUCUGUGUUCAAACACUUCCUGAAGGUUCUAUUGUGUCUGAUGAACAACUGACUGAACAAGCCCGAAAAGAUUACAACCGGGGGAGGAUGUACCUGUCGGACUACGCAACGCGUGAAGGUGUACCUGUUUUUCAGAAUAUCGCUGAUGCUCUGCAACACGCGAUACAAUUAGUUCAAAGUCCUUGUUGACUUAAUUACUCUUUACUGGUUUUUUUCUUUUUCCAUACAGAUAAGCUCCUUGGUUCGAUAACUAAUUUAUUUUUACUUUUAACAAUGUCCAGCUACCAUUUGAGAUCAAUGCAAAUACCAUAGAUAUAACGAUGACAAUGCUGUAUUAUCAUUGUUAUAUUUAUAAAAGGCGAUUAUUAGCUAUAGCAGUACCGUUAUUGGCUGCUUUUACUGAUAAGAUUGCUUCUUUUCACAAUGUUUCUCAUUGUUAAUGCUUCAUCGACAUAUAGCCCUCACAUAUUACACUUUUCACUUUUCAUUAACACUAUCGCUUGCUUAUAUAGUAUUAUUGCUAUUGUCACUUUUAAGUUCUUGACAAAAUUAAAACACACAAUCAAGACUUUUUAUUUACGUCAGGAUAUUUUAUUUAUUAUUACUAUUUGUUGCGAACACAGCAUUUCUCUGAAGCAAUUAUUUUUACUUUGUUGACCGUCGCAUAACAUACGGUCCUUUUAUUUUUUUUAUUUUAUCUCUAAAGAAAAAAUAUUUUAUAGUAACUAAUGAGUCGAGCAGCUAACUGUUUUACUACUUUUUUAUUAUUAUGUUCUUCUCUUAUUGAAUGACGUUAAACUCAUUUAAUUACGGUAUAUCAGUAGGAAAAAGCAGUCUCUUACGGUAGAUGGACAUAUACGAUUUUUCUCUCAUUUUUUUAUAGUAACUUAACUUUUGCAAUUUUUUUUAAUGUUUUGGUAACGUGGUUGAGGAUUGAUUUGAUAUAUGUAUAUAUAAAACUCAUAAUUACUCUCUAACGAGCUAAUCAAAUUAUCUACUUUUCGAAUUUGAUCGAGGAGGGAUGCGAGAAGGAGUAUGUCGUGCGAGAUUUGCUUGUAUUUGAACACGUGCGUCCAUAUAUCAGCUGAGUAUAUGUAUAUAUACCGAUAUGCGUGCGUAGGAUAUAUCAUAAAUUUGCACUAUUUAAUAUAUUUCAAUAGCCACAGAUGUGAAAUUUCAAACUGUCGACGAUAAUUUCAACAAGCCGAAGCGUGUCUUAACGAAAUCAGUGUGUAGUGUAUGAGUGAAUAAGCGAAUGAAAGAAAAAAAAACGAGAUAGAACAUAGGCAAGAACAAUAUGCUUUAAGCUAUUCAAUACCUGCGAAUUGUACGGGACCUUGCUCAGAGAUUUUCAUCGUUCGAAGGAACAAAGGAGAAAAAGAAAGUAACUCAAGAGAAAAAUCGUUUAUUAUAUUCUUUUGUAUAAAUAUCAUACAGUAGUACACAGGUAUCUUAUCAUUUCUCUUUUUGAAAUAAAACAAAGCUAUUAUCGUUUCUUACGUAUUUCCUUUCGGCAUGUUUCUUGUCGCACGAGAUAUAUCGAUACGUCUGUUGUGUACAACAACGAAUAAAAAUUCCUAAAACUGCGCUCUUAUUGUUUGUUAAGAUUAUGUAAUCCCGACUAAUGGUGUCAGUCUUAAAUGUGUCUAAAUUUAAUGUAUUAAAGAUACUUGAAAUACGAUACAUUUAACGCUGUAACGCGUGAAUAAAAGCUUAGAUAAGAA